AUGACAGGAAGAUUUAAAUCGAAGAAAGAAAUUCAAAAAUGGAACUAUUAUGGGAAAAUAGGGGUAAAAUCUAAAAAUAGUUUUCAAAAUAAAAAAGGUGCCACUGAUAAUAAUGAGGAAGAAAACAAUAGAGUACAACCAGUCAUAAUUAAGAUUA